AUGGAUGGCGAGGUGGUCGCCGUCAAUGCCGCGGCCAGCGAGUGCAACCGACUCAGGCGCUGGGGCAGUGCUCUGGCGGUGUUGGCUCAGAUCCAGCGCAAGGCGCUGCGGCCGUCCGCCUCCAGCUCCAAUGUGGCCAUCGCAGCUUUCAGGAGCCAGUGGCAGCGCGUCCUGCAUGCGCACAAAGAAGCGCUGGCGGAGAGUCUUUGUGACGUGGUCUCCCAGAAUACGGCGCUGGGAGUCCUCAGCUGGCACCGCUCCCUCGCCUUCCUGGCGCAUCUUGCCGUGCAACGCCUGGCCUCCGAUGCCGUGACGCGGAAUUUGGGUCUGAGGAACCAGGCGGACCGCUGGCUGUGGGCCCUGGAACUGUUGACCACAUCUUUGAGUCGCCGCCUGGAAGUGACCCUGGUCACCUACAACACCGCCCUGGGCCUCCUACCCUGGCGCCUCGGCGCCGCCCUGCAGCGCGUCCCGCGGCGCUUCUCAGGGCGGACGUGGACGGCGGCCAUCGGCGCGCUGGGCGGAGCGCAAGGCGUGAGGUGGCGCAGCGCGCUGCGCCUCUGGGCCUCGGCUUCGGCGGCGGCCGCGGCGGCGGCCGCCGCCUCCGCGGCGGCGUCCGUGUGCGCGGAGGCGGAGGAGUGGCGAAGAGCGCAGGAGGUGCUCCUUGAGGUGCACGCUUUGCAGAGCAACGUGGUCACGCGCACCUGCGCCGUCAACGCCUGUGUGAAGGGCACGCAGUGGGCCAGGGCCCUGCUCCUCCACGGGCUGCAUGUGGCGCGCCACUUGCGGUCCAACUCUGUGGCAUUUACCGUGGCCUGCCAGGCCUGCGGCAAAGGCCAGCGCUGGCGCCAGGCGGUGAGCCUGCUGGCGCAGACGGACCACGACGAGGUGGCGCUGACCUGCGCCCUGGACGCCAUGUCCAAAUCUGGGGACUGCGCGGGGUGGCGUGCGGCUCUCCGACUGGAAGGCGGGGAGCCCCUUCUGCGCGGCGCCGCCCUGCGCUUCAGCUGGCGCUGGGCAGUUUGCCGCGGCGCGGACUGGGCGGCGAAAGCGGAGGCUAUGGAGGAGGCAACCAAGACCAUGAAGGCGAUGAAGGCUGCCAAGGCCAUGACCAAGGGGGGCAUCGUGAGUGAGCUGGCCUCGGCGACAGACAUGAAGAAGUCUGAGGUGUCGCAACUUCUUGGACAGCUCUCCGAAAUCGGAGCGAAGGAGGUAAAGGCAACCGGCAAGUUCGUGAUCCCGGGACUGUGCAUGAUCAAGACGCGCACGAAGCCAGCCACCAAGGCGGGCAAGCGGAUGAUGUUCGGCAAGGAGGUGGCCAUCAAGGCUCAGCCUGCGAAAACGGCAACCAAGACCAUGAAGGCGAUGAAGGCUGCCAAGGCCAUGACCAAGGGGGGCAUCGUGAGUGAGCUGGCCUCGGCGACAGACAUGAAGAAGUCUGAGGUGUCGCAACUUCUUGGACAGCUCUCCGAAAUCGGAGCGAAGGAGGUAAAGGCAACCGGCAAGUUCGUGAUCCCGGGACUGUGCAUGAUCAAGACGCGCACGAAGCCAGCCACCAAGGCGGGCAAGCGGAUGAUGUUCGGCAAGGAGGUGGCCAUCAAGGCUCAGCCUGCGAAAACGGUGGUCAAGGCAUUCGCAGUUUCAGCUCUGAAGAAGCAGAUCUAA